AUCGCGGGAAUCUCUUCUUUCUCAAUUUGCAAUCCUAGCAGUGACUGACACAAGAUCUUGACUAAAUAAGAUGAUUGAUUGUCAAAUUGCCAUGUGCAACUGUAGGAUAAACAGGGCCGGUUAUUUUAGGGUCAAAAGCGAUUCCGCUCAAUAGAAUUGAUGAGAUUAUAUCAAUAGUUAACUGGAUGAAAUGAAGUGAAGGAAAAUACAACAUCUGAACAUUCUCCUCACUACGUUUCAACCUACCUUCUCUACUAGUCUUUACCUUCCUUUUCUUGUGGCUAAUUUCAGUUUUGAAAGAAAACAUAGCUUUAAUUGAAAGCUCAAAUAAGCAGUCUGAUACAACCUGUAAGGUCCAAACCUGUGCGUGUGUGUUUGUCAGACAUCAGCUUCCCCUUGGGGAGUUUGAUGGCUUCAACGGCCAUUGUGGAGUUACAUCUUGAGCCUUUGCUAAAAGGAAAUCACAUCUAUGAGAAGAUUGAUUUGUGAAAGCCCUCUUAGCAAUUGUAGGGAUGUGAGUGACUUUAGAGUUCCUCAAGGCUGUAGAAGCUAGAAAGAAGUCAGCAAGGAUAGCCUGAUACUCCAGUGACCAGGAUUAGAGAGAAGAUCUUUUGGCUUCAGUAGCAAUAUCCAAGGUUUUGCAAUCUGUGAGAAAUUUAUUUCCCUCCAUCCGAGAGCUCUAGCUACCAAAGCUGCGAAAAGUAGCGCUGAAGCUUAGGUCCAAACGUGUUGAAGUUACCUUGUGCCACAAGUGCAGAACAUGAGAAUGGCAGAACAACGUGUCCACAUAAAGGAUAAAAUCCACAUAAACUCCUGGACCUAUCCUAAUCAGAUUACUUCACCCCCCUGACAUACUAAACUGAUUAAUCCACUACCAUAUAGUUUGCCCCAUAAAUCAAGACUGAGAAAGCGAUUUUGCCAUGCUGGCAUGCCAUGCGACGAAAAUGGAAAACAAUUUAUGAGGGCGAUGCACUCCAGUCAUUAUCCUAUCUUUGAAGAAAUUUUAGUCUGCUUGCGUUAGUAAUGUUUCUUUGCAUGGAUUCCAGGACGAUUGCCUGAUUGCCCUAUCUCCUUGUUAUUUGAGGGACGAGCUUCGCCGCCGCUGGUCCGACCGAAGAUAGAACAUGUUUUCACCCCGACCAACACUCAUCGCCACACCGUGGCAACCAUGCCGCCCACGCGGCCAUGGCCACCGGGCAGCACCAAGCAACGAGCUCUGCCCAAGAGCACCGCGCUACCACGCCCAGGGCCGCCGCCCCGGCAUCCCAGACCUAGACACCACCUCACCUGAGAUCCGCCGCUACCCCAACCAAAGAGACAAGCGGAAAGGUCCCACCUUUCACACCCCAGGGUAACCCCCAGCACCUAGCUUCCAUCGACCCGUCCUGCGGCACCGGACGCGAGACGAGCUCGGUCCUGCAGCACCGUGAGUGAGACGAGGUUGGUCCUGCUGCACCGUGCGCGAGACGAGCUCGGUCCUGCCGCACCGGGCGCGAGACGAGCGAUGGGCCGCAGCUGGGAGAAGACCAGCCCUUCGACGAAAGUAACGGCCGGACGACGAGCAGGAGAAGGAUCGAAGGCCGACACAGACCGCUUACGAGCGAGCCAACGCCGAACAAGCCAGCCGCCGCCGGAACCGACCCGCCACCUCGCGAGCCACUCAUCGCCGGCCGCCGCCGGAGAAGACCAGCCGCCGCCGAGGAAUGAUCCGGACCACCGCCAUGAGCCACCACCAUGCCAUGGCAGCCCACAACCACACCGGGACCCCGAGCCGCCCGCCGGCGACCAUGGGCCAGAUCCAAGUUGAUCUGGCCGACACCACCGCUGCCAGCAGCAGCAGAUGGCUCGCCGCCGAGGACCACGACCAUAGCCAUGACCCCACCAGGUCACAGCCCGCCCCCGCGCCGCCGACGCCCACGAGCCCGCCGGACCGGAUCUGGAUGGAGCCGCCGCGGCCAAGCGCACACCGCCGCCACUUCCACCGCUGCCGCGCGCACCCCCAACAGUAGGCCAUGGCAAGGGUAGCAGCCCACGACCCGUGCCACCGCAGCCCUCAUCGCCUGUGGGGAGAAGAGAUCCGGAGGACUCCCGCCGCCACCACGCACGCGCCCCGCCACCACACAGCCAGCCACGCCGCUGCCGCCUGCACGCCGCCGACCGGGGCUACGCCGCAGCGCCGCCAGACCCCGCGCAUGCCUAACGCCUCCGGCGGGCAGGCCGCCCUGCGCCGCCCGCGACUGUGCGGAAGAGGAAGGGGCCCUCGCCGCCAGCCACCACCAGGGGCUUUGCCCAGGUGGCUCCGGCCGGUGGCGGCGGGGAGAAGGGAGAGGAGGGGGGCUAGGGACGGGAGGUGCCAGCGCCACCCGAGAACCCCCGCGGGGGAGACGGCGCGGGGGCGAGAGCGAGAGGAUAAGCCCAAGAAGCCUCUCUGUUAUUAUGUUCCUUGUCCAUGGAUAUUGUUAUUAUAUGGGUGUUGCAGGAUUACGAAGGUGAGGUUUGGGACGUAAAGUACCGAAUCAGAUUCCUAGUUGCAGAAAUCACGUUGUUUCAGCGGAUGCCAAUGUGCUCUUGCUGCUUGGUUUUGGUGGGUGGCUGCUUCAAGUUGACAGUGACGGCAAAUUGAUGGACAGUUUUGAUUAUGGUCAUAGAGACCUGCGGAUGUAUACAUACCGGCUCAAACAAAGUCUUGUCCACCAUAUCUUCUUCCCUGCUCUAGAAAAUUAUGCUGUCAAUGCCCCGCUUUUCACCUGAUGGCUGUUGAGUGAGAUGGUGCUUCUUUCUGCCUAGCUGUCAUAUCCUCAUGAGCUGCAAUAUCUAUGGAUUGGACCAAGUACGAGCCUACUGGACUCUCCUUCGUUUUGCAUUGAUGUAUAUGAGUUAUUAUUAUCAAAAAGCUAUGUCUGUAAUGUGGUUGCAUGAAAUCUGUGCUUGUCUUGAUAACCUUUCAGGCUGAAGUGACUAGUUUGCCCGUUGACGCUAAAAUCAAAUUUCAUUUGCUCUGCUUUGGAAAUAUUUGCCAACUGAUCCUCCUCAUUUGUCUAUUUUCUUCAAUUGUUAGCUACCUAUGUCCCUCAUAUCACUCUUUCUUGAAUUGAAGGAUUGACUUUACCUUUCAUCUAGUGGUCUUCUUAAUAGUCAACAUUUAGGGUGUUUCCUGUUACUAUCAUUUGUUGAAGCUAAUGAUGAAACAGAGGCAAAAAAAACUGUUACUUGUUGGCCUGCAAACAGCAUUUGAUUUUAAAAGACCUUGGAGUGCUAGUAGUUAUAUUUAAUGGUUGCAUCAUAGUCAGUGAAGUAUUCUGUCAUAAAUUCAUUUUUCUCCGCGAAUCUAUUGCCUCUUUGUAGGUAGGUCUUAUGGAAACUUUAAGCUCGCCAUUAUAGAGAACUGGGCAUGGUUAUAUUUGUCUCAUUCCAGUAAACUCUAGUAUUUUCUAGAAUAGACUGAUACUGCAACCUGAAAAUUCUAUGAAUACCCUGUUGUGCUUCCAUACUGACACCGUUUUUAUGUUACAUUGUUUGAAAUGAUCUCUUACUGUUUUACUUUUCCUGCUAAACAUUUAAGCAUUAGUUCUUCAUGUUGAUGUUCGAUCUGAACAUAAGUUUCAGAAACAGCACUGUUUUGUGACAGCAUGGCUGUAGAAGCAAGGGUAAAGUCACUCUGAUCAUUUGUUCAGAAUUUUGAAGUAAAUUGUAAAAGUAAAUUCAUCAUCCAGAUCAGUUGAUCCAGCAGGCAUAUCUGCUAUAUGAAACUGGAGAUUGAUCAAGAAGUCUCUUCAACAUAAACUGCAUUCGAAUUUUGGUGCUCUUUGGCUGCAGCAGAGCGAGCUGAACGGCUGUCGCCACGGGGCUGGGGCCUGGGGCGCAUGUGCUUGUGCAGUGUGUAUGCUCACAUCCUCUGUUUUCUCAAGACCUAGGGCCUCUCUAUUCCUCAACUGAGAUACAUGUGUUGAUUGGAUCAUGCUAUGUAACAAAGCUGAUCAUGGAGAUGUAAUCAAUCACAUUGAACUCAAACGUGUUGGAAUGUUGACUAGUGGGUGAGAGAGAGUUGCAGGGGAUUCAUGGAAUGCCAGGUGAGAUAUCUAUUACUUCUAUUAAUAGUUCUCACUGUACAUCUGUUACUUCUUCACCUAGUUAUAUCUGUCUUUGAGAUCAUUGUAUGCAGUAUUACCUUGCUACCUGGCACUAGUGACAUUUCAGUAGCUGAAUUCAGUUAUCAGGGCCCUACUCUACUUUGUACCUUGUUGGUGACUUACACAAGUCAGCAUGUCAAAUUAAAUACAAGCUCAUAGUUCACAAAUUGGUACCAACAAGGGUAAAAAAUGCUGAAUAGCGCUGAUGCUACAGUCUUCCCUUCACUUGAAGGAACAGAUCCUUCAUUUGAUGAUGGCGCUAAAUGGCCCCAUUCGGCUUCACAUCUUGUUCAUGUCUGAUAGUAUAUAUGCAUGUUUCUGUCUGCAAUGAUAUCUGAGAAGAAACAACGCUGAAACUAACUGGUGCUUUGUAGCGUUAAACACUCCAUUUUCAUCUGCAACUCAGCACAUCACCAAAAUAGUACUCCCUCCAUCCCAUAAUAUAAGACAUUAUUACCUCAUUUGAUUUUCUCUGCUGCCAUCACCUAGCAAACUUUUAGGUGACAAUAUAUAGACAUUACAUCGACUCGGAAGGAUCAGAAAUAUGAUUCUCCCAAGCCAUAGAAGAAUAGAACAGAAUGCUGGCGACAGUCACAUGAAGUAGUUGCCUCUGCUUGUCAAUUUCAAUUUCAAAUUUGGGGUCUUUGUUUGGUCACAAGAUCCAUAUGUCAUAUUAGUAUGUACAAUCUCAUGUUGCUAACUGACUACUUCAUGUGCAUUCUGUGACCCGUUCGUACUAUAGUUCUAUAUGUUGCUCAUGCUUUAGGUGUUCAUCAAACUUGGAGUUAGAACAUCAGCUUAAUUGAACACAUUGAUAUGAAUUUAUUUUCUGCCUACACAAAAACAGACAAGUGUAAUUCAUAAUUCACAUUACGUUUCGGUUCAUCAAAUUGAAAACUACACACACUCAUUUUUAUCCUGCAUGGUUAAUUUGCUAAGAAAAUCCACCCGUACGUUGUGAAAGGUUGUAAAUUCGUUGGUUCUGACACAUGUGCAAAGGUCAUGUUCAUUUUGUGUUGCUAGUGAAAUAUUUAUUUCGUUUUCUUACCAGGAGUGUUAUGUGAGAGAAUUCCCUAUUACAGCCUUCUCAAAAAUGUGCUUCCUUAUUUGGCCAAAAUAUGAUAUUUUUUUUCCCAUUGUGACACUCCUCCAAAACUGAUGCCCAAUUUGGCAUCUCCGGCCAGUCCGUUGUCAUGCUCUGUCGAAAGCCUGUAAGUUUUUUGUUGCUUGGACAAAACUAUCCAUAGUUACUAUACGGGGCAUCCAGUCCGUCAGUUUUUUUGCACUACCGUCCAGUUCAAUUUGGCACUUUUGUCCAGCCCGUCAGUUUUUUUGGACAAAAUUAUCCAUAGUUACAUGCGUCCAUCAUUUAUGGAUCGACCGCCUAGUAGGCGCCUCGAGAGUUACCUGACGGUGUCCAUGAAGUACCGGUUCUCCGGCGACAGAGCGCGUGCACCUUGCUGGGGCUGCUAGGGCCAGGUCUUCAUGGACAGCGUCUCAUUGGACGCCUGACAUGCGCCUCUUCACUUUGACAUCCACAACAGCUUUGCGUUGCUGGUCUUCGAGCAACGCAACGAGGCAUGCCUCGACGUCGUCAAGCUCAUCAUGUCCAAAGAGUGAGGGAAGUUCUAAGAGAGAUAAGAGACAGUGUCCCGGCUAAGGGGCCACUUACCACGUCAACUCCUGGUGAUGGGUCCGGUUGAGGACUCCUUGUCAGUUUCGUCCUGGCCGCAUCGGGCAGCCCAUGGUGUAUACAAGGAAGAUUCAGAAGACAUGCGUACAUGAUAAGACACUGGAUUCAUGGAGGGAUCUACCUCCUCAUGUGUAGCCAACUAGGAUCUUGUACCCUAGAACCCCUAGUAUCCUAUAUUAAUCGAGGGGCCAUGCUCGUAGACACAAGUUAUGAUAUCUUGGUAGUUUACCUGUACUCUGUCCAUAGUCCAACAGGAAUAAACACAUGUAGGACUUAGGGUAUUAUCCCUUCAGAAAGCUUGAACUUGGGUAAACCAUGUCUUUGUUACCGUCAUUCCUAGAGCCUAGUUUAGGAUCCCCUACCAGGAGGUCUGCCAGAUCUAGCUCCGUCAAUAAGUGUUUCCUUUUAGGGAUAAUUGUAUAUUUUCAAGUAGCACUCAACAACGAAAUGGAUGGAAACGUCAAAUAGGGCAUAAAAUUUUGAGAUUGUCUUGAAUAGCAAAGAAAAUUUUGUUUAGGGGCCAAUAAGGAAAUAUAUUUUUCAGAAGGGCGAAAUAAGGAACUCUCUCAUCUCCUGCAGAGUUAGACCUUGCAAAAGAACCAUCUUAGUCAAUUUCUCCCCUUUCUAUCGUCUCCUCCGCUCCCCUUCGCCGCCGCCGCCAACACAAAUCUACAAUUUAUCUUGUUCCUGGAAGGGAGCAACAACCAAGAUGCCGACGACCAUGGCCAAGGCCGCAAGGGCAGGAGCGGCGCCUCUUCGCCACGACGGCAGCCUUCCGGAGGAGAUUGUCGUCUGGGAGAUCCUAGUUCGCCUCGACCCCAAAUCCCUCCUCCGUUGCCGCGUCGUCCGUCGGACGUGGCGCCAUGCCACCUCCACCCGUGCCUUCCUGCUUGCCCACCAUGCCCACCAGCCAGCCCUCCCCAUCGCGUUAGACGAAGAAUACAUCCUCACCGCCGACCGCCUUGCCGCUGCCAAGCUCCACACUGUCGCCCAUCUUGACAAGGCCUUCAAUCCAGAGGCUUCCUGCGAUGGCCUUCUCGUCCUCUCCAGGUACAACAACAUGACUGACACAAUUGAUUUCUCAGUUUGUAACUUGGCCACUCGUCAAUUUGCUCCCCUUCAACAACUACAUGAACUGGGCUUGCGGUUAUUGGGGAUGUACUCGCAUCAACCUACUGGCGAGUAUCGAUUGUUACUUGAACGCGAUAGCUACAAUGAAACGCCUGAAGACCAACUUGGCUACUAUGUAUUUGCAUUGGGCUCUCACCAGUCGCCAAGGUACAUCGGGUGGCAGGAGUCAACAUCACAAUGCUUCAGUUUACCUGUCUUGGUAUGCGAUAGCCUGCAUUGGUACCCAGUCUAUUAUGUGAGUGAAAGCAGCUACAUACGGCUUCAGAGUGAAAGCAAAGCGAUAAUAGUAUUCGACACCAUAGCUGAGUCGUUCCGGCCAAUGCAUGCUCCAAUUGUUUCCAGCAACUCAUAUGCCUUUGAGAUGGAUGGUACACUCGGCAUAUAUGGCCGUAACUAUGCCAAAACAACUAUUGAUAUAUGGGUAUUGCAAAACUACGAAAGCGAGGUUUGGGACUUCAAGUAUCGAAUCAAAUUGCCAGUUGCAGAAAUACGGGGGAAGUUUGAGGCCUUUGAUGACCAUUGGAAUGUGGAGGUUGUUUCAGCGGACGGUGACGUGCUCUUGCUAGUCAAUUCUGGUCGGUGUCUGUCUUACGUCGACAAUGAUGGUAAGCUGAUUGACAGUUUUGAUCAUGGUCGCAAAUACUUCUUUUUGUCUAAAUAUCGGCUCAAGCAAAGUCUUGUCCAGCAUACCUUCUUUCAAGCUUUAGAAAGUUCUGCUGUGAACACUUCACCAUUCAUCUGAUGUCUAUUGAGUGAGGUGGUGCUUCUUAGCAGCUUUAUGAGCUGCAACAUCUAUGAAUUGGAUCAUGUAUGAGCCUGCUGGCAUCUUCUUCAUUUUGCAUUGAUGUAUAUAAAUUAUGAUCAGAAGCUCUAUCGUUUGUGUGUUUAUCUAUGCUUUUCUUGGCACCCUGGAGGGCUGAAAUGACUAUUUUGUAUGUUGAUGCUAUAAUUUCUUAGUAAUUUUGCUCUGCUU